UGUGGCAUUGUCCUGGGAGCUCUGCUCCUCGUUUUCUGCUCCUGGAUGACUCAUCAGUCCUGCAUGUUCCUGGUGAAAUCGGCCAAUCUCAGCAAGCGCAGGACCUACCCCGGCCUGGCAUUUCAUGCCUAUGGGAAAGCAGGGAAGAUGCUGGUGGAAACAAGCAUGAUUGGGCUGAUGCUGGGAACCUGCAUUGCUUUCUACGUUGUCAUUGGUGACCUGGGGUCCAACUUCUUUGCCCGGCUGCUUGGAUUUCAGGUGUCGGGCAGUUUCCGGAUUGUGCUGCUCUUCGCUGUCUCACUGUGCAUUGUCCUUCCCUUGAGCCUCCAGAGGAACAUGAUGGCCUCCAUACAGUCCUUCAGUGCCAUGGCUCUGAUCUUCUACACCGUGUUCAUGUUUGUGAUUGUGCUGUCGUCCUUCAAGCACGGCCUCUUCAGCGGGCAGUGGCUGCAGCGAGUUAGUUACACUCGCUGGGAGGGCAUUUUCCGCUGCAUCCCCAUCUUUGGCAUGUCUUUUGCCUGUCAGUCUCAGGUCUUGCCUACCUAUGACAGCUUGGAUGAGCCGUCCGUUAAAAUCAUGAGCUCCAUAUUUGCUUCUUCCCUAAACGUGGUCACCACCUUUUACAUCACGGUGGGCUUCUUUGGCUACGUGAGUUACACUGAAGCCAUUGCUGGGAACGUCCUGAUGAACUUCCCUUCCAACCUGGUGACAGAGAUGAUCCGAGUGGGAUUCAUGAUGUCAGUAGCAGUGGGGUUUCCCAUGAUGAUUCUCCCAUGCAGACAGGCACUGAACACCCUUCUCUUUGAGCAGCAGCAAAAAGAUGGCACCUUUGCUGCAGGGGGCUACAUGCCCCCCCUUCGCUUCAAAGCCCUGACUCUGGCUGUGGUGUUUGGAACCAUGGUAGGAGGCAUCAUGAUCCCCAACGUGGAAACAGUCCUGGGCCUGACAGGUGCCACCAUGGGGAGCCUCAUCUGUUUCAUCUGCCCAGCUCUUAUUUACAAGAAGAUCCACAAGAAUGCACUUUGUUCACAGGUGAUCCUGUGGAUUGGCCUGGGAAUACUGGUUAUCAGCACAUACACCACCUUGUCUGCAACAGAGGACACCCCAGGGAAGACAGAAGCAGUGGGCUUGGAGCACCUGGAUAGAGAGGAGAACAGGAUUGACCAGGAUUCACUCAAAAUCCCAGAGCAGAACCCGGCUGUGGAGGAGGCUGAGGAUGACCGGGAUAAACCCAAGCUGCUGGAGGAGAAGGAGGAGAUGGAGCAGCCACAAAUCAAGGUGCCCAUGGAGGUACCCAAGAGAGAGGAGGAGAGAGGAAAGCUGGAGGAGAAAGUGCAGCUUGACCGCCCUGAUCAAGGGAUUGCCCUGCCCGUGGGGGAAGCGCAUCGCCACGAGCCGCCCGUCCCGCACGACGAAGUGGUGGUGGACAUGGGGCGGGAGCGGGAGGAGUCCGAGGAGAAGAAGCUCAGGCCUGGAGGAGCCAACGAUGGUCGGCUCAAGCCAGAGCUGGAGGAACCGGCUGCCCUGAAUCCUCAGAAAGAGGCACUUGGCCCAAAACAAGGGCAGGAAGCGAUCGCUGAGAACCAACUGCGGGGAGGGACUGACGAGCCCGCUAAGAAUCCGAAGAACGUCCUGGAGGUGGUGGUGCAGCAGGAUGGCAGGCUGCCAUACAAAGAGCUGGAGCCAGACAAACAAGUGGUGGAAGCCAAGGCACAAGCUGCCAUGCCGGACGGUGAGAAGAAAGCUGAAGCUGCAGGUGACAGGGAGAAAUCAAAGCUCCAGCUCCCCAGGAAAGCAGAGGAGGCUGCAAACUCUGUGGAGAAGGAAGGUGACCCUGGUGAGAAGCAGGAGCUGCCUCUUCUGGAUAGAGCAGAUCAGCUGGAGCUGAGGGAGACCCGGAACACGGAGGAGAAGCUGCAGGAGAAUGUGGAGAGCAAGCUGGAGGAAGCAGGGCAGGCGAAGCUGCUGGAUCAUGCCAUGCUGCUGCAGGUGAUCAAAGAGCAGCAAGUGCAGCACAAGCAGCUCCUGGACCACCAGGCAAAACUGCUGGCUGUCAUUGAGGAGCAGCACAAGGAGAUCCACCAGCAAAGGCAGGAGGAGGGGGGAGAGGAGAAGCCAAAGCAAGCGGAAGCGCAGCCAGAGCCCCGGAGCAGGGAGGACAAGGGCCUGGGAGCUGGGCAAGAAGCUGCCAUGAAGCCACAGGGCAAAGAGGGGUUGGAGCAGCCCAGGCAGGGCCGGAAGCCCCUGGAGCCUGUGGAGCAGCACAGGGGGACUGCAGGAAAGCUGGACGAGGCUGGGCAGAGGCGUGAGAUUCCUGGGAUCUCUCCCAGGGAGCAGAAGGUGCUGCCACAGCAGAACGACAGAGCUAUUAAAAAUCCCACAGAGAACCAGGAUCCCCCUCGCAGGGAUGCCCAGCACAUUCCAGCAGCCAGAAACCACCUAGAGAAGAAGUCCUUGGCAGAGGAUUUAGGAGGAGAUCGUGAAGCCAAAGCUGGAAGAGAUGUCCACGAGAAGAAUUCCCUGAAAGCCGUGGAAGUAGCUACAGCUCCCAUCCAAAGAGAACAGCUGGGGGCUGCCAAAGUUCAGGGAGUAGCAGGAAAGAGUCUGGAAAGAGACUCAGGAAUCGACCUUAAAGCCAAAGCACUGAGUCAGGUGGAGCCCAAAGACCUGGCAGUUGCUCUGGACUCCUCCAGUAAGAGGGACGUGGCAGAGAGCGAGCAGCACCUACGGGAGCACCGGAGAGGUGCAGGCACCGAGGGCGCCGGGCGGCAGAACUGGCAGAGGGACAGGCAGGGGAGGGAGGAGGCUCCUCGGGAGAAGGUGGUGAACGUGGCCCAGGACGUGCAGGAGGAUCCCCGGGGCAAGCAGAGGCAUGGGGAUGGGAGCAUCUCAAACGAUGCUGAGAAGAAGCCAGGCCCUGAGAAUCCUCCUGUCCAAAAGGCUGAGGAAGGAGCAGCUGCCCAGGGGGAGCAGAAGCAGGACCACGACAUCAAACCCAACCGGGACCUGAAGCUGCAGGCGGACCUGGACCUGCGCCGGAGGAGGCGGGAGCUGCUGCCUGCCGAGGAGGAGGGGGCUGCACAGGGGGUCUUCAUUGGCCUGAACCCCCUCCCAGAUGUGAAGGUGAACGACCUGCGGAGCGCGCUGGAGACGCGGCUGCAGCAGGUGGCGGAGGGGGCCCCGCAGGUGGGUCACAGCCGGCAGAUCCACCCGGCCCCGCGCGCGGGCGGCGGCUGA